UCUUUGUUUUGAUGAUAAGAUGAUGACAAGGAACACUGUAUAUGUUUUAAACGGCGUAGUAAACUUGUGUUUUUCCAACCCUAGGAAUCCAAUAAAUGCAAAGCCAUAGAUGGCGUCUUUGUGUUUCGGAGAUUGGAUUUCCUGCUAAAAUCAACUGGACCACUCGAGUAUAUCUUAAUAUCCUAUUUUCAACUCUAACUUCAGCCUAGGAAAUCCAUCAAAUUUAGCUCCAAAUCUCGACUCUUUCGUUCAGCCUAUCGAGAAUUAUAUAUUUGUAGAGGUGUUUGAGUGUGCGGGUUUCCGUACUAAGGAAUUUAGGAGGACUAUUUGUAUCUUGUACCAGUAAAGAUGAUGUCAAGAUCGUAUACAAACCUCUUAGAUUUGGCUGCCGGGAAUUUCCCAGACAUGGGGAGGGAAAGGGAACGCAGAAGGAUGCCGAGGGUGAUGACAGUUCCCGGCAGCAUCUGUGAGCUUGAUGAUGAUCAGGCAAACAGUGUUGCUUCUGAUAACCCAUCUUCACUAGCAUGUGAUAGGAUGAUCAUUGUGGCUAAUUUAUUACCUGUGAAAGCAAAACGAAGGCCAGAUAAUGAAGGGUGGAGUUUUACUUGGCAUGAUGAUUCAAUACUAUUGCGGAUUAAGGAAGGUUUACCUGAAGAAAUGGAAGUUCAAUUUGUUGGAUCUUUAUCAGUUGAUGUGGACCCUAUUGAACAAGAUGACGUUUCCAACUAUCUUCAGGAAAAAUUUAAGUGUGUUCCUACUUUCCUUCCCCCAGAUAUAGUGGAGAAGUAUUAUGAGGGCUUCUGCAAGAAACAAUUGUGGCCUCUUUUUCACUAUAUGUUGCCCUUUUCACCCGAUCACGGAGGUCGGUUUGACCGUUCGAUGUGGGAAGCCUAUGUCUCUGCCAAUAAGAUUUACUCACAGAAAGUGAUUGAAGUUCUUAAUCCUGAGGACGAUUUUGUUUGGAUUCAUGAUUAUCAUUUGAUGGUGUUGCCUACAUUCUUGAGGAGGCGGUUCAACAGACUUAGAAUGGGCUUUUUCCUUCAUAGCCCAUUUCCUUCUUCUGAGAUCUACAGGACACUGCCUGUCAGAGAAGAAAUCCUCAAGGCUCUCCUUUGCUCUGACCUUAUUGGUUUCCACACUUUUGAUUAUGCGCGCCAUUUCCUCUCUUGUUGCAGUCGAAUGUUAGGCUUAGAGUAUCAGUCUAAAAGGGGAUAUAUAGGGGUGGAAUACUAUGGAAGGACCGUUGGUAUAAAGAUUAUGCCUGUUGGUGUACACAUGGGAUAUAUUGAGUCAGUAAUGAGGCUUAGUAAUAAAGAGACUUUUUUGAUGGACCUAACAAAGCAAUUUGAAGGAAAAAUUGUGUUACUUGGAGUUGAUGACAUGGAUAUUUUCAAAGGCAUCAACUUAAAACUUCUCGCUCUAGAACACAUGCUCAAACAACACCCAAAGUGGCAGGGAAAAGCCGUGCUGGUUCAGAUUGUGAAUCCUACAAGAGGUAAAGGGGUUGAUUUGGACGAAAUACAGGCUGAGAUGCAGGAAAGCUGCAAGAGAAUUAAUAAGGAAUUUGGAACCCAUGGGUAUGAACCAGUUGUUUUCAUUGACCGGUCCAUCUCAUGCUGUGAAAAAGUGGCAUAUUACAGUGUUGCAGAAUGUGUUGUUGUUACAGCUGUAAGGGAUGGGAUGAAUCUGAUUCCAUAUGAAUAUGUUGUCUGUAGACAAGGAAUUCAAGAGGGUUCUAAUCCGGGUGGGGCAAAGAAGAGCAUGCUAGUGAUAUCUGAAUUCAUCGGGUGUUCCCCUUCACUAAGUGGGGCAAUCCGUAUAAACCCGUGGAAUGUUGAAGCUACUGCUGAGGCAAUGAAUGAAGCUAUAUCGAUGGCUGAACAAGAGAAACAGAUGAGACAUGAGAAACAUUACCGUUAUAUUAGCUCCCAUGAUAUAGCUUUUUGGUCAAGAAGCUUUUUGCAAGACAUGGAGAGAACUUGUGUGGACCACUUUAUAAAAAGAUGCUAUGGGAUUGGUUUGGGUUUUGGUUUCAGGGUUGUGGCAUUAGACCCCAACUUCCGGAAGCUCGCAAUAGAUGAUAUUGUGGCCGCUUAUGUUAAGGCUAAGAGCAGAGCAAUAUUGCUGGACUAUGAUGGCACCGUAAUGCCCCAAAAUUCUAUCAUUAAGUCUCCUAGUGAUGGAGUGAUAUCAAUUUUAAACAAAAUCUGCAGUGAUCAAAAUAAUACAGUCUUUAUAGUUAGUGGAAGAGGGAAAGAAAGCUUAAGUAGGUGGUUUUCUCCUUGUAGGAAAUUGGGGCUUGCUGCAGAGCAUGGUUAUUUCUUGAGGUGGUCACAAGAUCAUGAUUGGGAAGUGCCAUGUCAGAGCUCUGAUUUUGGAUGGAUGCAGCUUGCAGAACCAGUGAUGCAAUCUUAUACUGAUGCCACAGAUGGCUCUUCCAUUGAGAAAAAAGAUAGUGCUAUAGUUUGGCAGUAUCGUGAUGCGGAUCCUGGUUUUGGGUUUUCUCAGGCAAAGGAGAUGCUUGAUCAUCUAGAGAGUGUUUUGGCAAAUGAACCAGUUGCUGUGAAAAGUGGCCAGUUCAUUGUCGAAGUCAAGCCUCAGGGAGUCACCAAAGGAUUAGUUGCAGAAAAAAUAUUCACAUCAAUGGCAGAGAAAGGGAAGCUGGCGGAUUUUGUGCUCUGCAUUGGUGAUGACAGGUCGGAUGAGGAUAUGUUUGAAGUAAUAGGUGAUGGUCUAUCAAGAAGUAUCCUCUCUCACAACACAAAGGUUUUUGCCUGCACGGUUGGACAAAAGCCCAGCAAAGCGAAAUACUAUUUGGAUGAUCCGGCCGAGGUUGUACUCAUGCUGGAAUCUCUUGCCGAGUCAACUGAUACCCCGGUGACUUCUGAUGAUGAUGAAGCUAAUAACUCCUCCUGAAAGAUGUUUAGAGUUCCUUGAUUUUUCCUUUCCAGCCUUGGGUCCUCCUGGAUAAGUGCAUAAAGUUCAUGUUGGAGGUUGACAUGUCCUGUGAGGCUGUAGUUUUUACAUUUUAGGCUUAUGCGAUGUAGAUGUAGUGAGUUAUCCAUUCAUCAUUCUUUCUUUUCCUUUUAUUAUUCAUUUGGAGUAGUUUAUACUUUAUGCUGCUAGCUUAGGCUAGCGACUUGCUAAACUCUAGUCAAGACCCUCCAGUGUUAGUCAAUGUACAUUAGAAUAAACCAGCUAGCAACUGUAAUUCUUUCAGUAGUUUCCGGGAUGUAACUUGUUGUUGAGCUUUAUACUGCAUUUUUGUUGAACCGCUUUUAAGAAUAACAUUUGUCUUCUAU